ACAGUCUUUGCCUUUGAAAGAAUCGCAAAAUUUGUGUGAUUAACUGUAACCUACGGAUAAUGAUCGUCUUAAUCGUUACAAUAAUUGUUACCGCUCUACUAUGGAUUAUUUUGGACAAUUCAAAUCGACGCAAACUACCACCCGGACCAAUUAAACUUCCCAUUUUCGGAAACGCUCUUCAAAUUUCCCUUGCCGGCAAAUUAACUGGGCCAGCGUAUUACAAACUGUCCAAACAGUAUGGCGACGUAAUGAGUCUGAAAACGGGAACACUGGAUUCGAUCGUUUUGUCAUCGUAUGAAGUGAUGCGUGAACUAUUUGCUAAGGACGAAGUCUCAGAUAGACAGUGUGAUGGAGCCGGUUUGGAACGGAACAUGAACAGAAAUAUGGGAAUAAUAUUUGCGAGUGGAAAAGUUUGGAAAGAUCUAAGGCGAUUCACGUUACGAAAUCUCCGUGAUUUCGGCUUUUCUAAAUCAAAUUUAAUGGAAAGUGCACAGCAAGAAGAGUUGCAAAACUUUGGAGAAUAUCUGACGGAAAAGUUAAAGAAAAGCAAAAACGGUGUGAUGUCAAUGCGUGGAUUUUUCAAUUUACCCGUGUUAAAUGUCGUCUGGAGUAUGAUUAUGAGUGAACGAUUUCCAUACGAUGAUCCCAAAUUAACACAUUAUAUCCAACUGAAUGAUGAGUUCUUUCUCAGUAACAAUUUUGUAUCCAGUUGGUCAUUGUUUUUUCCUUUUCUGAGGAACUGGUUUCCGGAGCAAAGUGGCCGAAAUGCUAUUCUUAGGAGUGUCGAUGGUCUGCAGCAUUUUAUUCGGGGAGUGAUUGAGGAUUGUCGACGGAAGGAGAUUUACAAGAUCAAUCCACAAAAUUUGGUCGACGUAUUUUUAGAGAAAAUUGAGUCUGAAAAAAAUGAUCCAAGCACAUCAUUCACUGAUGAUCAGUUAUUGAUUACUAUGCUGGACAUUUUCCAAGCUGGCCUGGAAACCACGAGCAACAUGUUGUCUUGGACGAUUCUGUUCCUAAUAUUAAAUCCUCAUGUGCAAGAACGGUUGUAUGAAGAGAUAUCACGAGUAAUUCCGAAGGGACAACCAAUCACCUUGGAUCAUAAAAACAGAAUGCCCUAUGCCCAUGCGACAAUACUGGAAAGUCAUAGACGCGCCCGAUUAAUACCGAUAGCCAUUGGGCAUAAGGUCGUUACCGAUUUCGAAUACCAAGGCUAUUUGUUCAAGGCGGGAACGCCAGUAUUUGCAAAUACUUAUGCAGUUUUGGUGAACGAAGAGUUGUGGAAGGAUCCAGAUCAAUACUAUCCCGAGAGAUUUUUGAACGCAGAUGGCAAAAUCGAUAAACGAAAAGCUGAAAUCAUCAAAAUAGUUUUCUCGCCUGGCAAGCGUAUUUGCAUUGGGGAAUCAGUAGCGGAGAGCUCUAUUUUCAUGUUUUUGGUAGGACUUGUACAAAUGUUUGAAUUUCAAUGCGUUCCUGGACAACCGAAGCCGACUACAGUGCCACAAGUUGGAUUCGCCUACUCUCCGCAUAAUUUCGAUGUGGUUAUUAAAGUCAGAGACAAUUGAAUGUGCCUUGAAAUAGCUAUUUUCCUGUUAACUGUCUGGAUGGUGUUGUUUUUCGCACUCGAUUUGAGAUCGUGUGUGCAAACCACUCAUUUAGACACGUAAUAGUAACAAGAUUUUAUCUACUGCUUAUAUAC